CUUUUGUUGUCCCCAGAAAGAAAAAUGGCCGAUUCACGUAAUGUCAAAACUCUUAGGGCGAGAGAUUAUAGUAAAAUCGUAUAAAAUACCAUCAAAAUAGUGAAAAUAGUGCAUUUCAGUGUUAGUGACGUGUUUCAGUGCAUAUAUUAUAGUGUUCAACAGUGAAUUUUCGGAUUAAAAUCUUAUGGUGACGGAUUUUAGUGUGUAGUUUCUACCUGCUAAAUAGAUGCACAAUGUGAGGGGGACAUGUGGGGCGCUGCGGCGGGGUGGUGGUGCGGCGCGCUGGCGGCGGCCGCGUUGCUGUUGCUGCUGCUCGCCGCGCGCUGCCGCCGCACCCGCAAGCCUCAGCCCACGGAACACCACGUGCACAUAGUCCGUGCGCCGGUGCCGCGGCUGGUGGUGCCGCGGCGCGUGUCGCUGUGCGGGCGAGCGCUGGGCGUGCCGCGCCGCGCGCGCGCCGCGCUGUCGCAGGCGCCGCCCCGCCCCGCCGACGACGUGCCAGACCCGCCCCCGCAGAUCAUCAUCGUCAACAACGCGCCCAGCCCCGCCCCGAACCCAGAGUACAUCCCCAAACUCCCCCUCCCCGAACAGUGGAUGCACAAACGAAUAGACUACAAGUACACUACGAUCCCCCGCCCCCUCGCGCAGAUCGCCGCUGAUUUAGGAGCGGAUCUGUCGCAGGAGUCUCGCGCUAAGAAGUACAGCGCGACGAGAUCGCCCUCGUUGGAGAAAGACGACAAGUCCCCGUUCCUACUGAGCGCCAAGUCGUCGGAUAAAGAUAAAGAGGUAUUCGGUUUUGAUUCGGAAGCCGUCGAGAAAUUGAACGAGAACAUGAGUGAGAGGUCCCCGGAGGGAGAGGAGGCGUCUCCCAGCAACUUGAGGAGGUUCCGAUCAGUCAGCACUAGGCUAAACAUGUGCAGUGUCAAUGAGGGCCCACAUUUAGAGGGUCAGCAAGAGAGAUUAGAAAUGCAGAACUCUCCGAGAGUUGUAGAGUGCAGUUCCGCGAAGGAGAAGUCUUCAGCUCCGAAAUUCGACUUCUCUCCAAAACUAUUAGCCGAAACCAUGGUUUCUCCGAGAUUCUUUACACCCCCUGAAACAGUAUCUCCCAUGUUCUUCGCGGAACCUUCACCAAAGUCAGUAUAUUAUGAUACAGUACGUUCUCCAAAGUUCUUCCCUGAAACUCCUCGCGAUGCCGAGGUGCCGCAGUCACCGAGAGCAUUGGGAGAUCAUCUCAACAGGAACGGAGUGGCGGAGAAGCCUUGCUCACCAAGAGUACUGAACAGACCCAGUCCCAAAGUUCACAGCUACAACAAAGAGAACUACUUCACCUUCGAACAGUCUUGCUUAGAGGACGACAGAGUUAGUGCAAGACCCAGAAAAUAUGGUGGAAGGAAUUCCAUUGAAAAGGAAAGAUUCACUCCUCCAGCUGAUAAAGAAGUUAGGAAAUACAGACGCCAUCAUAGCUGUGAAACUAACUAUAAAACAAUAGAACUUAAUAUUAGUAAAGUGGAAGAUAAUAAAGACUCUGAAACUAAGCUAGGUGAAGAUGUGACUGACUGUUGCCUCAAGAUGGAUACUUUAGAAAUUGAACCUAAAGUAAUAGAAGAGGCAGAGGUAGCGCCGAGUCCUUCCAACACGGCCCACGCGAGGCGACAGAGGCUAAAGUCAAUAUCGUUAGACUCUGACAACGCCAAGAUUAUAGAACAGAACUUAGGACUGCCAAUAGCUAAACAAAUGAAGGAUCAAAUGAAUGAGGCUUACAAGAAUCAGGAGACCAGUACAUCUUGUGAGAGCAUGGAGAGAUACACGCAGAAGACACCGACGACUGAUAGACCGAUGUUCAAAUUCGAAGAGGAGACGAAAGAUAAAAGUACUGAGACGGAGGAACCGAAAUCCCCCGAUGUCAAACAUAAGAAAAGUCUUCGGCAAAGCUCAGAUACACAGUCGUUCUUAGACAUGCCACGGUUCUCCCCUAAAGAGUUUGAAAUAACAGUGACGUCAGAAGAGGGCGCCACAAUAGCCGCCGAAGCGCAAACAAAGAAAAAAGGAAAGAAUCUUCGAAACUUACGAAUAGAUCUCACUAAAAGAGACAGCGAUUUAGAAAAAGAACUUUUGGAAUUCGAGAAAUUAUACACGGAUGCUGAGGAAAAGAAAGUUAAGACACCGACUUUGAAAGUCAAAGCGACUUCUCUAGAUUCUUCAGAAACAGUGAACUUGUCGUUACCACAGAAAAAGACGUUAGAAAUCCCGCAGAAUUCCGUGUCUAUGCCAAACACACCUAAGAGACAACUGAAGAGAAUAUUAGCGCAGAAGAAUGUCAAACAUGACUUUGCUGGUGCGAAGUUAGGCUACAAUUCCUUGCAAUCGAAUGCUGAACAACGUCGCUUAUACAUGAAGGGCCAAGACAGUGGUAUAUACCUCCGAGAGAACCAUGCAGCCCUCAUGUUAUACCAGCCCGGGACCUCUCGCAUGGGGUCUCGCACCAUGGGCUCAUUCGAUGAAAACAUGGCAGACUUUGAGAACACGCCAGAAAUUAACAUAUCUGGUGCUGACAAUAGGACGUACCAUGUCGACACGGGUCAGACCUUAGGGUCAAACUUGUUGAACUACAAACAGAAUCUAAGCGUUUCCAGCACUAAUUUAAAGACACUCCCGGAAGGUGUGCCUUCUGACGAUUUUGAACCAAGUGCGGAAGACGAGAAAAUUACCAAAAAGCUUCACAGAAGGAAUUCUAAUCAAAGUCUAAUGCUUAGCACCCAUAGUCUACAGAGCUCUAACUGUUCUUUAAACAGUGCUGGGGCGUCCUGUCAUAACCUUACUACAGUCAGAACUAGCAUAUCGAACUUCAGCCUAAAUUCUGACAGUAGGCAGAAGAAAUUCUCGAUAGACAGGCGGGAUUCUAACACAUCUCUUGCAAACGCCGAACACUUAACGCCAACCACGCGCGUCACUUGCUCUUCAAGCGGUAAUGUUUCCGGAGAACUGUCCAAAAACUGCCUUCUGCAACGCCGAGGGUCUAACAACAGUCUGACUUUGAAUAUCCUGUCGUCGAACAACUUGAGUCGGCAUUCUAGCAAUAGUUCUCUGAAUAAAGAUGCUAAACCGGGACAGAAAAAAGGUUUGCUCGAACGCAGAAGUUCUAAUACCUCCCUAACUUUGAAUAUUAACCAAUCGAAUCCACAGCUUUCAGUCAACAGAGGUUUGAGCGUAUCAAACUAUAAUUUGAAUGGCUCCACAUGUAAUUUAAGCAGGUAUAACAGUAAUAUUAGCAUUGACAAUCCCCCUACGGAACCGCGGAAGGGUAUUUUAGAAAGAAGGAGCUCAAAUACUUCCCUAACUCUAAACAUACAACCUCGAGAGGAGCCCAGAGACUUGGAAAUUGAUGAAACACUUAUAGAUACGAACCUAAAAGACUUGCCACACAGGGACAAGCAUAGAAAGUCUUUAAGCACAGAGAAUUUGAUACCAAAGUCUUAUAAAAACCGCACGAGACUACGGUCUACUGAUAAAGGCGUAGGUUUCGGGUCACACGACAACCUCUGGUCUACUUCUUACGCUACAGAGCAAGAAUACCCGCAGAACUUAACGUAUGUAUGUGGGGAUCAGGAAAACGAGAUUAUUUACGCUUUUGGGAGACAGGACGAUCCGAAUUUCCAGCAAGGGUUCACGAGAAAUAUUACCACGAAACCUCUGAGCCCUCAGAGUACUUCCGAAGAUUUCCGACUGUAUUUAGCGAAUAUGCAACAUUUGCAAAACGCGUCAAGUGUGCUAUCGAGACAGAAUCUACGAGAUUUGAACGAUGUAUUCCAAAAUGGGUACUCGAAAGUCAAGUGCCAUAGCCUGGGUGAAGGCCAGCACUGCUGCUCAGGCCGUGUCGAAGACAUUGCUAAAGACAACCCUCAAAUGGUGAUCCCAGAUCCAGUUCCCUCUCAACCCUGCUCCGAGUACCAGAAGAUGUUGUUGAGGAACCUUCACCAAGAGUUCUGGGAUAUGCCCACGAACUUCCAGGAGAAGCCCAUAGUGUCCGGGUCUCAUCCCAAGAAUAGGUAUAAGACCAUCCUGCCGAAUGAACACUCCAGGUUUAUUUUAAGAGCUGACCCUGGGUCUACUGAAGGGUAUAUCAAUGCCAAUUAUAUUAAGGGGCAUGAGUACACCAAAAACACAUACAUAGCCACCCAGGGACCCCUACAGAACACCAUCCACGACUUCUGGCUGAUGGUCUACCAGAACACCCUGGAGCACAGCGCCCGCCUUUCAGACCAGCCGUCAGACCCACCCUCAGACGGGUCAGACGCCCCACCUAUUCAGAAAGUGGUCAUGCUAACCAACUUCAUAGAAAACAACAGGCAGAAAUGUGAAAAAUACUUCCCUCUGGAAUUAAACGAGGAAUUCAUAAUCCCCAAUCCGGAUAAUCCGGACGAUGAGAUGGAUGUAUUUGUGGUGAAGAACAGCGGAAUGAUCCGGAAACCCGGGUACACUAUCCGGAACUUGACCGUUGUGUACAACAAGUGUGAUAGUGACAGUGAAGUGACCGUGUACCACUACUGGUUCCAUAAUUGGGCCGAUCACAAGUGUCCUAAGGAUGUGAACGCACUACUAAAUCUAAGUUUGGACGUUCUAAAAGACAAUGUGUACGAUUUCAGUGGUGCAACAGAUUAUAACGAUGACUUGUGUAAGUGUGACACUCCGAAGCAGGACUCGAAGUUUGUGUUUCCUCCGUUGGACCAGCCAGCGCCUUGUGAGAUUACGGUAAAUGUGUCUACACCUUUUGAUUUUAGUAGGGAGACGGCUAGUCCGCCAACUAUAGUUCACUGCUCGGCUGGUAUUGGCCGGACGGGGUGUUUGCUGGCUAUCCUGAAUGGUAUCAAGCAACUUACUAUAGAGCACAAGGUGGAUGUGCUGGGUAUAGUGUGUAAUAUGAGGUUGAACCGAGGCGGGAUGGUGCAGAACUCGGAGCAGUACGAACUGAUUCACAAGGUGUUGUGUCUGUACGAGCAGGCCUGUUUGCCGUUAUAGCUGUGUUAGGGUUCUUAUUAAGGCCUGGUUUUGUUGUGGUUUUGCGGUGAUAAUAAUGAUUGAAUUUUCUCUUCAAAAAAGGACUUGCAAUUUAUAAUAAAAGAGAAAAAAAUAUUAAAGAUGCAAUUGAAUAUUUGUCAAAUACAAAAGAAAACAAAUUAAAAAAAAUGUUACAUAUAUGUUUCCUAAAUAAAUAUUGUAUUUCAAUGUAAGAAUAUGUAACUUACAGAGACAAACAAUUGAUUUUAAACUCUACGGCUGUUAGAAUAAGGUUCAAAAUAAAAAUGCGCUCAAUAAAAAUGCGCUCAAUGUUUAAUAUAUUAAACAAUAAAUAUACCAGGAUAUGUACAAACAAUAUUUACAUAAGACAAUGGAAAAUCGGUAACAUUGUAACAACAAAUAAAUUAAAUGCUAUAAAUAUUUAUAAAAACACGGAAAUAGUAUCUAGUAUGGUCAAUAUGCUAAUAAGUACUAAAACGAAGCAACCAAGCUGUUUUAAAUCAAUAUAAAAACAUGAUCUUCUAAUUAUGACACUUAACAUUAUUAACACAAGACUCUAUUUUAAUUAAAACUAGAAAUAGUCUUGUGAUGUAUCAAAAUAGUUUCUGCCAGAUUGAUUUAAAUUGGUCCAGUAGUUCCUGAAAUUAGCACUUUCAAUCAAACAAACACAGCUUUAUAAUAUUACUAUAGAUUUUCUGUCAUUAGAAAAUGGACCUUCUAGCAACGCAAUUAAAGUUGAUCUUUUACUAUACAAUAAUUCCAGAGUUUCCGAUGUUACCAGUGAACAAAAAAAACUCUUCAAAUUAAUUUUAGCACUAGUAAAACCUUUUUACUACAGUGUUUAAAAUUAAUAUCAAUUCUUUAAUGGGUAGUUGCAUCAAUAUACAAAAUAUUCAUAUCUUUAUGAGAAAAGAGACAAAUUAAUUUAAGAACUUAUUUUUUUUAUGUGUUUUACAAUACUGACACAUAUUUUUACUUUACUAAAAACUAUAAUCUGCCUAGCCUAGACUAAACUGUCAAAAAUAUCGGGUAACUGAGUUGAGAAGGUCAGAUAGGCAGUCGCUCCUUGUGGCACGCUGGUACUCAGCUGCAUGCGGUUAGACUGGAAGCCGACCAAAACAUAGUUGGAGAAAAGGCUCGGGAGAUGAUGAAAUAAGUAAUAACAUUAUAUUUUGAUGUAACUACCUGUUAUGCAGUGGCAAACUAGCUUUUGUCUGCGGCUUCGCUCCUGUGUCCUGCACAGGAACCGAGCAUUUUCUGCGAUAAAAGCCCACGUCACUAUGUCAAUUAAACACCUUUGCUAAAAAUCUCUCUGUCUAAACCACGGAGAACAAAAUGACUAGCGGGGAUGCCAUAAAGGAAAAUCUCCUAAGAAAGUAGCGCGACAACAUGCGGGUGUUCGGGGGACGAGGAACGUUACUGUCUUCUCCCUUACACACCUUUUUUGGACCAAAAAUCCUUUACAGAUAUCUCAAAGAAUCUGAAUGUCGAGUUAGUUCACUCGUAACUGAUCGUUUUUGUCAUGCCAACCGCGCGUAUUUGAGCUAGAAGAAGGCGCCUGACCUACCUGCAUUAUGGCAUCGCCGCUCAUCUUUCCUUACUCCAUGGUCUAAACCAACAAUAGUAGUUGAAGAGAUUGCAUUCAAAAUACCAAUACUACACCAAUUUUAUAAUUGUUUCUAAAAAAUACAAGAAAUGUGACUGCUGAACCUCUUCCUUUUCGGGGAGUCGGUCAAAAAGACUUUUACUAAGUUAUGAUUGAGUUUGAAAACUAAUGUAAAAACGCCUGUUGAUAGAUAGAUAUUUGGUUGCUGUAAAAUAUUUGCAAAUUAUCUCUAUUUUUCAAACUAUUGAGCCAAUACAAACUAUUUAAAAAAAAUUCUAUAACAUCAUGACAUUGCUUUUAAUACUUUUAUUUUGAUAAAGGGUCCCUAAUUUAUAUUUAUUUUGGUCACUGUACACGGGAAAAGUAUUCCAUUAUUAUUACUAAACAAAAUAUCGUGAAAUCACCGCAAAACUACAGCAAAGCCAGGCGAAGGCACAAGUGAUCUAUUAAAUAGCUAAAGCUUUAUAUAAAUAAAUAUAUUUGUUUUCGCGCACCGUGUUAUAUAUAGAACAUUGUGAAUAGACAGAUUUACUAACGGACGAUUGUCGGCCAUUAUGACAACUUAAAACAUUUUUAUAUCUUGAAUAUACUUUUUAAAUCUGGCUGUCAUUGAACGUUUACGGCAGUCGUUACGGGUAGUCAGAAGCCAGUAAGUCUGACGCCAGUGUAACCAAAGGGUAUCGGGUUGCCGGGGUAACUGGGUUGAGGAGGUCAGAUAGGCAAUCGCUCCUUGUAAAGCACUGGUACUCAGCUGUAUACGGUUAGACUGGAAGCCAACCCCAACAUAGUUGGGAAAGGCCUAGGGAGAUGAAAUAAAUUAUAUAUUUCUAAAAUAAAUAUAUUUCUGAGUGUGUUAAUUCAGUUCAUAAAAGCUUUAGUCAGAUUUAAAGAAGAACUUUUAACUGAAUUAUAAAACAGACUUAUUCAAAAUUUAUUAAAAAAAUACUUAAUACUUACUUUUUAAUAAAUUUUGAAUUCCUUGUCAAAAUAUUUCUUUUUUUAAUAUUUGAUAGUCUUCUGAUGUCCGACAAUUGCCCGUUUUUCCCUAGUGUUAAGUUUUUGUGUUAGUCAUCCCGUGUGAAAGACGAAUAAGUAAUAAUUACUAUGAAAGCUGGCAACAUUGCUUUUGUAAUGUUGAUUUUUUUUUUGCACGGCAACUAAUGUACUAAGUAGGAUUUUUUCAAUAUUGUGAAAUGUUUUAUUAUAAAAGUGGAAUAGAAUAAAUAAAAGGUAUAUAAAAUGAAUCUGUAAAAAAUACGAAUUAAUGCUUUUCCGGAUACUUUACAAGUUGAAGACCUAUUAUUGUUCGCUUUAAAUAGAAAAGUUGCCAGUGACAAAAAGUGUUUUGCCAAAAAAACAUGAACAAUGUUGCCAGCAUCAAUAAAAUAAAAUGUGUGUAGAAUAAUUUUUAGUCUUUUUCUUGGAUCGCACAAUUUUUUCUUAAUGAAGCAGAUUUGUUGUAUAUUUUAUAGAUUUAAUUAAUUAAAUAUUUUAUUAGAUAACAAACAGAAAUAUAGGAGUAAUAAUUUAUUCUCUGUAAGUAGAUAGAUUUUUUAUUUUUAUUUAUUUUCUUUUUCUUUGUAAAAAUAGGCUAAGAGGAUUUUAGACGGCAUUUAAAAAUAAAUAAAUAUUAAUGUAUAUUAUACUAUGUGUGUAUGUGUAUUUUUUUAUUUCAUUUAAUGCAGUGAAAUAUACAUUGUAGUACAAAAUUA